CACACACACACACACACACACACAUCGGGGCUCCUUGACUUCACAGCGCCCGCGAGGCUCCAGCUGCUUAGAAAACCCCCCCAGCAACUUGGAAACAAAGUUAAUCCGUACAGUUGAGUUAUUUAUAUUACUCCAGAGAAACUAGAGCGUCAACAGAGAGUGAACAAAAUGCCGGCAGUCUCUAAAGGAGAUGGGAUGCGUGGUCUGGCUGUGUUCAUCUCCGAUAUCAGGAACUGUAAAAGCAAAGAGGCAGAAGUUAAGAGGAUAAACAAAGAGCUGGCCAAUAUUCGUUCCAAAUUUAAAGGAGACAAAGCUUUGGAUGGUUACAGUAAAAAGAAGUACGUCUGCAAGCUGCUCUUCAUCUUUCUUCUGGGCCAUGAUAUCGACUUUGGACACAUGGAGGCUGUCAACCUCCUCAGCUCGAACAAAUACACCGAGAAACAAAUUGGUUACCUGUUCAUCUCUGUGCUGGUGAACUCCAACAGCGAUCUGAUCCGCCUGAUCAACAACGCCAUUAGGAAUGACCUCGCCAGCCGCAAUCCAACCUUCAUGAACCUGGCUCUGCACUGCAUUGCUAAUGUGGGCAGCAGGGAGAUGGCUGAGGCUUUUGUUUCUGAAAUUCCCAGAAUCCUGGUGGCAGGGGACACUAUGGACAGUGUGAAGCAGAGCGCAGCRUUGUGUUUGUUACGACUCAACAGGACGUGUCCUGACCUGGUGCCGAUGGGCGAAUGGACUGCACGGGUGGUCCAUCUGCUGAAUGAUCAGCACCUGGGGGUGGUAACAGCAGCCACCAGCCUCAUCGCCACUCUGGCCCAGAAGAGUCCUGAUGACUUCAAAACGUCAGUCUCWCUGGCUGUGGCCAGGCUCAGCAGGAUUGUGACCUCAGCAGCCAUCGACCUGCAGGACUACACAUACUACUUUGUUGCUGCUCCUUGGUUGUCUGUGAAAUUGUUGAGGCUGCUGCAGUGCUACCCUCCACCUGAGGACGCAGCGCUGCGAAGCCGCCUUACCGAGUGUUUGGAGACCAUCCUCAGUAAAGCGCAGGAGCCACCAAAGUCCAAGAAGGUCCAGCACUCGAAUGCAAAAAAUGCUGUUCUGUUUGAAGCCAUCACCCUCAUCAUACACCACGACAACGAGCCCAACCUGUUGGUGCGAGCCUGCAACCAGCUCGGCCAGUUUCUGCAGCACAGAGAAACAAACCUCCGUUAUUUGGCUCUGGAGAGCAUGUGCACGCUGGCCAGCUCMGAGUUUUCUCACGAGGCGGUAAAGACGCAUAUAGAAACUGUCAUCAAUGCCCUUAAGACAGAGAGAGAUGUCAGCGUUCGCCAGCGGGCCGUCGAUCUGCUCUACGCCAUGUGCGACCGCAGCAAUGCCAAGCAGAUUGUGGCCGAGAUGCUGAGCUACUUGGAAACGGCAGAUUAUUCUAUCAGAGAGGAGAUUGUGCUCAAGGUGGCUAUCCUGGCUGAGAAAUACGCAGUAGACUACACCUGGUACGUGGACACCAUCCUCAACCUCAUCCGCAUCGCUGGCGACUACGUCAGCGAGGAGGUGUGGUACCGCGUCAUCCAGAUUGUCAUCAACAGAGAUGACGUCCAGGGCUAUGCUGCCAAGACCGUGUUUGAGGCGCUUCAGGCUCCAGCAUGCCAUGAGAACCUGGUGAAGGUGGGAGGCUACAUUCUCGGAGAGUUUGGAAACCUGAUUGCCGGUGAUCCUCGCUCCAGCCCUCUAGUCCAGUUCAGUCUUCUCCACUCCAAGUUCCACCUGUGCUCCGUGCCGACUCGAGCUCUGCUGCUGUCGGCCUACAUCAAGUUUAUUAACUUGUUCCCAGAAGUGAAAGGCACGAUCCAAGAUGUCCUGCGCUCCGACAGCCAGCUCCGCAACGCUGACGUGGAGCUUCAACAGAGGGCAGUCGAGUACCUGAGGCUCAGCUGCAUCGCCAGUACGGACAUACUGGCCACAGUCUUAGAGGAAAUGCCUCCGUUUCCAGAAAAGGAGUCUUCAAUUCUGGCCAAGCUGAAGAAGAAGAAGGGCUCCAGCAAACUGCCAGACCUGAACGAUGCUCGCCGGAACAUCAACGGCAGCACCAAUCACACCGAGGACACCGAAACUGCAGAAAAGGUUUCCACACACAGUUUUACAGACAAACUGAAUGUGAACUCCACCCCUUCAACAGGAGCCAGUCUGCUGGUGGACGUCUUCUCGGACGUCUCCAACACCCCUGCACCUAACGACGUGUCAGAGGAACAUUUCCUCAGGUUUGUGUGCAAGAACAACGGUGUUAUUUUUGAAAACCAGCUUUUGCAGAUUGGACUGAAGUCUGAGUACCGUCAGAACCUGGGUCGUAUGUACGUGUUCUACGGCAACAAGACAUCAACUCAGUUCCUAAGUUUCUCUUCAUCUGUGUCGAGUAAUGACCUCCUUCAGACUCAACUGAACAUUCACACGAAGACUGUAGACCCGGUAAUAGACGGCGGAGCUCAGGUCCAGCAGAUCCUGAACAUAGAGUGUCUGUCCGACUUCUCAGAUGCACCCGUCCUCCACAUUCAGUUCAGAUAUGGAGGAGCGUUGCAGAACAUCGCAGUGAAACUCCCUGUGAUGCUGAACAAGUUCUUUCAGCCAACAGAGAUGACAUCCCAGGACUUCUUCCAGCGCUGGAAGCAGCUCGGAGCUCCUCAACAGGAGGUGCAGAAAAUUUUCAAAGCCCAACACCAAAUGGACUCUGACGUAGCCAAAGCAAAGCUGUUGGGCUUCGGUGUAGCCCUGCUGGACGGAGUGGAUCCAAAUCCUGCCAACUUUGUUGGAGCUGGGAUCAUUCACAGUAAAACCACUCAGGUGGGCUGCCUGAUCAGGCUGGAGCCCAACACACAAGCACAGAUGUACCGCCUCACCCUUCGGACCAGCAAGGACUCGGUGUCUCAGAGGCUGUGUGAGCUGCUUUCAGAACAAUUUUAGACUCAAAGCAUUAAGAUUUUUACACUUUCUUAGUUUCACUUUACACCAGAAUUUAUGUAUUAUACAGUGUACAUUAUUUUUCAUUUUACUAACUUUACAAAUGUAUUUUUGCACAUAGCUUUGGUAAAAUGUCACAUAAUUAAACCUUGUUUGUGUGGACUCACGCACACACUCUGAGCACAUGAGCUGAAGUGUUUCACACGGUGCACAAAGCUCAGAUGUUACUCUGUCACGUUCUGUAGCUCCAACUCUUGAAACUGUUUGGAGUAGUUGGCUUUUGCCGCUCAGGUACUGAAACGAUUAGCGGUACCUGAAAGUGUCAAACAGAUCUUUCAUAUCAUUUGGUUUGUUCUGCUGAUGUUUGUAAGGUUCAUGAGGCAUUUCACCUGCUUACUUCAGCAGUUUAAAACAUGAACAGCAUGCUUUGUGAUAUUUAUAUAGAAAUAUUUUGUACGCUACAACUUUAUUUUAUUGUGGGAGUUUUUUAACCUAUUUGUCGCUUAAAAACACAGACACCCAAAUAAAUCCUUAAAUAUUCAGGUUUGUAUUCAGAUUGUAAAACUCCAGACAGCUUGUUCUUCUUUUGUCAAGAAUGGA